CUUACGUGUAUCCUACCCGGCUACCUUGACUGGUACAUUUACAUGCUGAGCAUUUGUGAAAAUUCACUUUCGAAUCUUCAUAUACAGGAGUGUACGGUAGAAGCAGUGCAUGUUUGAUAAUUAUCAUUAUUCUUCUUACAACUUCCACGGUCGUACACACUUGUUCGCCCUAGCCAUACAAACAUCGACCCAUAAACAUCAUUCCAACCACGCAGGCCAAAUAUGGACGCUGCCACUUUAUACAAGCAGAAAUGCUCGCCAUAUACCCUUUGCUAAAACCGACUAGCUGGGGUAAAUGGCAAUGGAACGGGCCUGCUGGCUGGCAAGAAGAAGACGAGAAGACCGGUGAGGAGCCGGAUGUUUCGUCGACGGGGGGACGGGCCGAUGACCCUAAAGAUCCACAACAAAUCCAAGGCCCAACGACUUUCCCAUGGAUUUCCCGAUGGGCACAAGAAGUCAGAUGUCCAGAUACAUAGGUAAAAUCUUAUUAUAUGUCGGGCAAGGCCGAGCUAUCCGAUUCUACGACAUCCGUCGAAAAAGAUUCCCACCCCGAUGAUGAAGAGUUCGUCGAUCGGAGGUCUUCAAAAGGUAACCGAAACACUGCACCUGACUCUGCUGCCCUGGGCGAUGAUUCCCUUCCUAAAGGUGACUGGUUCAUCGCUCAAACACCUGCAGAGGAUGACACAGGGCUUACCUUGAUGGCGGCCAUUGAGCAAGGAUGCGGGAGUCUAAAUCCUUUGCAGGGCCUGGACUCAUUCUGCAUAUCCGAAGACAUUGAGAUGAUAGGCUGCGAACCAGUAGAAAUACUAGAGGAGGAGAAAGUGGACUGGGAAUGGUCAGGGGUUCCGAGUCCGUAUCCACGCAUCCAGCAACCUUUAGAGCCACCUCUCGAAACCAAACCUGAGCCCUACACAAUUUGGUUAGCUCCGAGAGCCCCGAUCCCGCCUCCGGUAUGGCAGACGAAGGAGCAGGAAGUUGAGGCUGUUAACUUCCUGCUCGCCAUUUCCAGAGAUCAUCCACAGCUGUGAGAAAUCCUGGUGGGGGUGUAUUUUAGCGAGGGUAGACACCCACGCGCACACCUCGGAUAUAACGAACAAGCUCAGGAAAUUCUCAAGGGCCAAAAUUGGGAGUGGAACUGGGCUUUGUAGGAUAUUCGCGAACAAUGUGCUGCUGAGGCGCCUGCUCUGUACACGAUACUCGGAGGACAGGAAGGGGAAUUCCUGGAGCCCAUUGCCGAGUCAAUCUUUGAUGGAAAUG